AUGUCUGGACAUCCUUCGGAAGAGCUUAGUGCGGAUUAUCAAUUACAGUCUGGCGGAUACUUUCAUUACGCUCGCUCGCCGUUGCCGACGCGAGUCAGCAGUGCGUGCGAACGAUGCCGCCGCCACAAGACUCGGUGCGAUCCCUUCCGACCGUGCUCACUCUGUGCAAGGGCAAAAGUUGAUUGUCAACCGCUCCCUGCUAGUCAGACCCGUAGGGAUAGCACUCGGAAAGCAAAGAGAAUACUGCGAAGUCAUGAGCGACAGAGAACGGCAUCAGCAGCUGCCGCUGACCAACCUUCAGAGGGCUUUGAGGCCACCAGCAAGGAGGCUCCACCAGCGGGGGCUUCUAAUCAUGACAGCCGUAUAGCUACAGACAGCCGUGUGACACAACCAGCAGUCGACUACGGUGAAGCAGAAUCGACCAUGGGAAUCGUACAAAAAAUCUGUGAACUGGGCAGGCAGCAUAUUGAUGAGCAAGCCACCUCUGCCAUUCCAGGCUACCGAGCGAGCACCAGCGUUGCCAAGCGGCGCACCGCAGCUCUCGGACAACGGCUUCCCAUUUCUUCAAUACUAGGACAAGAUUUACCGCCGACGGAGAUUAUGUACUCGUUGCUUGAGGACUACUUUGAUGCUGUCCAUUGGUUUUCUCUGGCUAUUUAUGAACCUACCUUUCGCAGGAAACUCCUGUCCGUAGCCGACGGGUUUGCCUAUCCCUCCCAGAAAUCAUUCUUGCUGCUCCUUGCAGUUGUACUGGGUAUGGGGGCGUGGUAUCGAUCUCAAAGGAGGACGACUGACUCGACCGACAAUGGCGAUUGGCAACAAUUGAGUGCAAACCUCUUGAAGAUCGUCGAGUCGCAUGUUGUUGAGUUGAUGGACCAACCUUCCGUCACAGCGGCCCAGAUAUGCAUCCUUUUCGGAUCACACCACGUCUAUCACGGGCGUCCGAAUCUCUCUUUCUCCUUACUUGGUGCGACUAUCAAGAUAUCCCAGGCGGCAGGGCUGCACCGGGAACUCCCGAGGGGCAACUUUGAGGAUAUUGAAGAAAGGAAACGUGUAUGGUGGACGAUUUACACGUGGGAUCGAUUUGCGUCGAUCACAUACGGCCGACCACUAGGAAUCAACGACAAGGACUGCAAUCUCAACAUGCCGGCGGAUACAUUCGAAAAUCCCUACUUUGUUGCACCGAGAUCAGAGCAGGGAUAUACCGUCUGUUACUCUACUUAUCAAAGGGAGUUGAAUCGUCUCUACCUUAUGGCGUCCACUGCCCUGGAGGCAAUUUUCGGCUCGCGGACAUCCGGCUCGUCCGAGGAGCUGGCGGGGGACGCAUACGUUGCGCUCGUCAAAGAAGCGACUCAAAACCUUCGGAGAUGGCGGGAUGAAUUACCGGAGCACCUAGUCCUAGACCUCGAGAGGGAUUUCCCGCCUGACAGUGGUCUCAGUGCGAGAGCACAUGCCUUACAAUCGUUGUCCCUGCAAUUGACCUACGAUAACAUUCUCAUCGUCCUUCACCGGCCCUUAUUGGCAAGGCAAGUUGAUCACCUAUCGACAAAUCGUCACGCUGCUAGCCGAAGCGGCGGGAUGGAUUCCCCCAGCUGCCAUCCGAGCGGACCAUCACCACCACAAAGGGACCCAGCAUUCGAUGCUGUGUCGCCGAAUGCAUCUGUCACAAGUCCCGUACACUGGUGGAAUGCGGCCUUGAGAACAUCUCGAGUGACCGAGUUACCAGUCCUGGCGCAACUUGCGACGGAUAGUCAUUUGGUUGCCUUCUUGGCCAUAAAUCUAUUCAACGCAGCAAUUGUGUUGGCGGUCAUGGCUUUGUCAGAUCCGCUCUCCGACACGGCCCAGGUCGUGAAGCGAACAAUCACUCGUAUCCUGCGUCUGCAGGAUCUUCUUGGAAAGCGCUCGGCACUGUCGAAGCAGAGUACGACGGUUUUGAAGAAUGUUGUCACAUUGCUUCUCCGCCGUGAAUCAGAGGCUAUUCUGGCUCCAAUCACGACAAACAACCAGCAGGAAGGUCACCAGUCAUUAGUCGACUCUGCACCGAUGUCAGUGGAAGAUACCCUCCGGCUCCCGCUCGACGCGACGCUUGACUUUUUCGACGCCCCAACGCGACGGCCGGCAUGGCCUGACCAGAGCAGAGCUCAGCGCCUGAACGAAAGUUUAGCCUCAGUUCAAUUCGUCGUUCCCUCCGGCAAUGAUGACCGUUCCUUCAACUGGUAUGCGAGUGGAGACACUCAUCAAGCUCGUGGUACCAUUCAGGACACGAUACAGCCAGAUAAUACCUGGCAGCAGUCUGCCCCGAACGAAUGGCAUGACCACAGCGUUUCUCUUGGGUCAAUGGAGACCGCAAGCUACGGGACAAGUGAACGAGGGUUAUACUGGCUAUGGGAUAUGUCAUGGAAUGGAACCGAGUCAUAG